CGGUAUAAUAAAUAGACUGGCGAGCCCUAUUCUGAAAGUAGAGAGAGAAAAUGGCGCGAGACGAAGAAGGAAGACCACCAGGAAGACAUUUCAUCAAAAGCCCUAUUUUUCGUGAUUAUUCCCACUGGAAGGAGAAGCUCAGGGAGAACUGUUGCAAAAGGGUUCAUGAGCAACGUGCUAAUUUGCUUUGGAAAUUACGAUUAUCUGAAACUAAAGACAAUGAAUCUUCCACCAAUAAGGAUGUUAUCAAUCUGACAUUCCAGGAGAUAGUUGAUGAUGAGUUUAAGAAGAUAAAGAUCUUUGAAGAUGCUAAUAAGAACACAAAAGAAGCUUUAACUUGUACUUCUGGAAAAGAUGAUAUGUUAUGGGAAUAUGCUGGUCUUCAGGAAGCUUAUCAAGGAGAAUGUGAGGAUAUUUUGUUAGAAAUGCAAAGAAUUUUCUAUGAAGAACUUGAGAAAGAUGAAACAAUACCAGUUGCAGAUAAUGGGAAUGAUGGUAAAACCUGGGAGGAUGAAGAAGAUGAAUACUUAGCUCAUGCAGUAUAUGAGCAUAUGCAGUUGAAUGAUGAUCAACAGGUGGAAAACAUCACUUGGUGCCCUAUAUGUAAUCAAGGCAAACUGCGAGAAAACCCCUCUCUGAUUUCGUGUACCUUGUGUGAAUUCAAACUCAAGAGUGGUAAUGAGAUAAGUGUGGAUUUUCUUCGAGAACAAUUAGCAGAAGCACACGCAGAUCAUCUUGGGAAAGGCUGUAAGAUAAAACCCAAAUUCUGUAUUCAGACAAAAUAUGGUUUUUCUGCUUUAUAUAUGGAAUGUGAAGCUUGCACUACCUUUGAAGUAGUUGUAUAGAGAAUAUGGUGUAUGAGAAUGCCUUCCGCAUUUAGUUAAAGCGUUCUUAGCGAGAAAAUCGAAAUUGAAAUCUUAGGUUUAUAGGCAAGACUCUUGCUGAUGGUUAUUAUUUUCUGGUUGGGGAAUGUUUACAAUGGGUAAAAGUUCAAUUAAUUUCCAUGAGAAGAUGUAAUUAACUCACAUUUUCUCUAUUUAUUUGUUUUGAUA